CUCUCGGACCCCACGCGCGAGCGCAAGGGCCUGGGAGGGCUGUGCGGGCCCCACCGCUCUGAGACGGCCGGCGCUGCUGCCCACCGCAGAACUCUGGAAUUCAGAAAUAUUUCAUCACGAAGAUGAAGCGGAAUUGCAUCAAGAGCAACGGCGCCACAGCCAACAGCACCAAAUCAUGCAGUACCAAAGCCAGGGAUUUAAUGUGCAAAAUGUCCGUUAUCCCAGACUGGCAUCCGGUGAACUUCCACAAGCAGAAGUUCAAGAAUUCAAGGCCCUACUCUUCACCGUGUCGCGCCUACUCCAGGACCGGCUUCCAGAGCGCCUUCAGGCCUUUUUCUUCAACCACAGCCGUUGCAAACCCGGUACUGUCCAUCUUAGACGUCAAGCGGCUUUUAUUUCAAAAAAUCACCAGCAAAGGCGAUGAGUUGAGAAAAGCCUUCCAGCUGCUGGACCCUGGCCAGACCCUGACCGUGUCGAAGCGCGAGCUGCGGCAAGUCAUCGCCGACUUCCUGAUGCCGCUCACCAAGGAGCAGUUCCAGGACGUGCUGGCGCAGAUCCCUCUCACCAGCUCUGGUGCUGUGCCAUACCCCGAGUUCCUGUCCAAGUUCGGCAGAAUUGACCUAAAUGUCAAUGUUAUAAACAGCGUGGCCACGGAAGACAAGAGAGACCCCUCGCUGGUGCUCGAGAAGCAGGGCUGUGAGCUCGGGAAGGCUCAGCAGAGGCUGCUGUGCAGCAACCCGGUAUUCAGAAACAUCAAAGCUGUCAUCAAAGCCUUUAGGCUCAUUGAUGUGAACCGCACUGGACUGGUGCAGCCCCAGGAGCUGCGCCGGGUGCUGGAGGCCUUCUGUCUGAAGAUGUCCGACGGGGAGUACGCCAAGUUUUCCAGACACUAUGGCCUCGAUAAAGACGCCCCCAUGGACUACAGCAGCUUUCUGAAGGACCUCAGCGUCAACAACGACCUGAACCUGAGAUACAUAAUGGAGAAUCCAGAGUACCCAGGGGUGGAGCAGCCGACCAAAGACCCCCCGGCGGCAGAGCACCUGCGCGGCUCCGCACCCUCUGAAGCUGACUGGAGCCACUGCUCCUUAGAGGACAUCGAGAGGACCUUCUGCCAAGAGCUUUCCAAGUCCUAUGAGAAGAUCGAGAAAGCCCUCAGCGCGGGGGACCCCUCGAAAGGCGGCUUCGUGUCUCUGACCUACCUGAAGGUUGUCCUCGACACCUUUGUGCACCACUUACCGAGAAGAAUCUUUAUCCAGUUGAUGAAAAGAUUUGGGCUUAGAACCACCAGCAGAAUCAACUGGAAGCAAUUUCUGACAUCAUUCAAUGAGCCUCGGGGGUUGGAAGGCAACAAUUUGGCUCCGCUGACAAGAAGAAACGGCCUCGGCUCCCGGAGUCAGCCCCGCGCGGAGAGCGUCGUGGCGAAGCUGCUGCGGCUGGCCCAGGACCGCUGCGUGUCGCUCAAGAAGGUGUUGCAGGUCAUCCACAGCAAACCCGACGGCCUGAUCACGGGGGAAGAACUGCGACACGUCCUGAAUUGCAUGGUUGUGAAGUUGAGCGAUUUGGAAUUCAAAGAACUGAUGCGGACGCUCGACCCCAGGGCCACGGGGGUGGUCAGUGUGAGCCAGUUCACGGCCCUGCUGGAGGAGAAGCCCAAGACGAAGAAAGCGCCCCCCACUGCGGACUCCGAGGUGCCUCCCCCGCUGGCGUGGGACUCCGUGGAAGAGAUUGUUCAUGACGCGCUUGCUAGGAAUCUGCCAGCUUUUCAUAAAACGCUGCAGUCCUACGACCUUGGAGACACAGGGCUCAUUGGUCGAAAUAAUUUCAAGAAAAUCAUGCAAAUAUUCUGCCCAUUUUUAACGAAUGAACAUAUAAUAAAGCUCUGCAGCGGGUUUCAGGACUCUGCCUCCGGAAGGAUCCUCUACAAGAAGCUGCUGGCGUGCAUCGGCAUCGGCAGCCCCCCCAGCGCCUCUCCAGCGCCCACCCCAAAGGACCAGCCCUCAGGUGGGGGGCAUUCUCCCAGGGAGGAGCGGCAGCCAGCGGACCUCUCCAAGAGAAGCAAGCCCGUGGAGGAGAAGGGCGGCCCGGCCAAGUGCAUGACCAAAGAGGAAGUCAUCGAGAGACUCAAGACCCGCAUACGGCAGCAGGACCCGGUGUUCCGGAAACGCUUCCUCGCCGUGAGCAAGGAGCCUCACGGGAAAAUCGGCAUGCGCGAGUUCAGGAAGGUCCUGGAAGACAGUGGGAUGCCCAUGACCGACAGCCAGUACGCUCUGCUGGCCGCAAAGAUAGGCUACAGGGACGACGGGAUGAGUUACCUGGACUUCACCACAGGAUUCGAAGGUACGCCUCUUCCUCAGACUGCUGCCCCUGCCCCUGCCCCUGCCCCGAGUCACCCCAGCAGCCACUUCGUCACCGCCGAGGAGUGCCUGCAGCUGCUGCCCAGGAGGCUGGCCGAGUCCUUCCGGGACCCCUACUCUGCCUUCUUUAAGAUGGACACGGACAGGGACGGCAUAGUGAGCACGCGUGAUCUGCACGGGCUGCUGCUGCACCUGCUCUUUAGCAUCCAGGACGAGGAGUUCGAGCGCCUGCUGGGCCUGCUGGGCCUGAGACUCGGCGUCACCCUGAACUUCCGGGAGUUCCGGAGUCUGUUUGAGAAGAGUCCUCUGGGCACAGACGAGGCGCCCCAGAGGGUGGUCAGACUCAAACAGAGGGUCGCGGACUCAGAUCUCGCCUGCGAACAGGCUCAUCAGUACCUCGUGACCAAAGCCAAGAACAGAUGGGCGGACUUGUCCAAGAACUUCAUCGAGACCGACAACGAGGGCAACGGCAUCCUGCGGCGCCGGGACAUCAAGAACGCCCUGUACGGCUUCGACAUCCCGCUCACGCCGCGCGAGUUCGAGAAGCUCUGGCAGAGCUACGACACGGAGGGACGAGGGCACAUCACCUACCAGGAGUUCUUACAGAGACUGGGGAUUGCCUAUUCCCCGGACGUCCACCGGCCCUACGCGGAGGAUUAUUUCAACUUCAUGGGCCAUUUCACCAAGCCCCAGCAGGUGCAAGAGGAGAUGAGAGAGCUGCAGCAGAACCGAGACGCGGCCGAGAAGCCCAGCGCAGCCAGCGAUAGGCUUCUGGCGCACUACGAGGACAUCAGCAAGGCGCUCGCCGCGGAGGACAGAGCCAGAGGCGGCUCCGUGCCCGUGUGCAGGAUGCAGAAGCUGCUGCGGGAGUGCGGUUGUCCUCUCCGGGAAGAGGAGCUGGCCGGCCUCCUGAACAGCUGGGGAGUGAGCCUGCACGACAAUUCCAUCAACCUCGCCGACUUCCUGAGAGCUCUGGAGAGCAGCCGGCCAGGGCCAGAGCCGCCAGACAAAGAGGAGGACGGCGGCGUGGUGGUGGACUUCUCCACGGUGACCCUCCCGGAGGUCGUGAGGAGCGUUCAGCAAGUGGUGGGCUCCUGCCAGCCGGCCCUGUCCCAGGCCUUUUCCGCGCUGGAUAAAGAGGACACCGGGUUUGUGCAGGCGGCAGAGUUCGGGGACGUCCUGAAGGAUUUCUGCCACAGGCUCGUGGAUAGCCAGUACCACUACCUGCUGAGGAGGCUCAGGCUCCACCUGGCGCCCUACGUCCACUGGAAGUACUUCCUGGAGAACUUCGGCUCCUUCCGGGAGGAGAUGGCCGACAAGUGGGUGGAGGAAAUGCCCAAAGGGCCCCCGCCCCCCUCCCCCAGGGCCGGGGCCGACAGAGACGUCCUGGCCCGGCUGCACAGAGCGGUGGCUUCCCACUACCACGCCAUCGCCCAGGAGUUUGAGAACUUCGACACCACGAAGAGCAACACCGUGUCCAGGGACGAGUUCAGGGCCGUGUGCACGCGUCACAUCCAGAUCUUGACGGACGAGCAGUUUGACAGGCUCUGGAGCGAGAUGCCGGUCAGCGCCAAGGGCAGGCUCAAGUACCUGGACUUCCUGAGCCGGUUCAGCUCGGAGCAGGCGGCCACCCCGGCGGCCUCGGGCGACUCGGCCGGCGCCCAGAGAGGCAGCAGCGUCCCUGAGCUCUCGGAAGCAACCAGAUCUGCCGUGGCUUCGCCCUUCCGUGAGCUGAGAGCAGGGUUAAAACCGCAGAGUCACUCCGGCACUCCGCCGAGCGCGGCCACGGACGCCCCCCUGCAGAACUGCGAGCCCAUAGAGAGCAGGCUCAGGAAGACGCUGCAGGGCUGCUGGCGCGAGCUGCUGCGCGAGUGCAAGGCGAUGGACACAGACAGGCGCGGGGAGGUCACCGCCGCCCAGUUCCUCGGGCUCGUGGAGAAGUUCAGCCUGGACGUCAGCCCGGAGGAGAGCCGGCGGCUGCUGGCCAAGUACGACCUGCGGAACAACGGCCGCUUCGCCUACUGCGACUUCCUGCAGAGCUGCGUCCUGCUGCUGCGGGCCAGGGAGACCUCGCUGCUGCACAGGCUGCAGAUCCAGAACGCCCACAAGAUGGAAGAGGCGGGCGCGGAGACGGCCUCCUUCUACGCGGCUCUGCUGCGCAUCCAGCCCAAGAUCGUGCACUGCUGGAGGCCCAUGCGGCGCACCUUCAAGACCUACGACGCCAGCGGCUCGGGGCUGCUCAGCGUGGCCGAUUUCAGGAAGGUGCUGCGGCUGUACAGCAUCAACCUGUCAGAGGAGGAGUUCUUCCACAUCCUGGAGUACUACGACAAGACGCUGUCCUCCAAGAUCUCCUACAACGACUUCCUGCGCGCCUUCCUACAGUAG